CUGAUGUUUUUCAGAUUUCCUGAUGUCCGACGUUUUCUAAGGUCCAAGAUGCAGGUUAAUUUGAGCUACCAAGUCCGUCCGUCCGAUUCACCCGGACCAUCCACAAAACUAUGGAUUGGUUUGUUUUGUUUUUUUUUAUCUCUUCAUCGCUGCACCAGGUGGGCGGCGCAUUUAUUUUCAUCCGCGUAUUCCACACGAUUCCACAGAGUACCUAUCGAUUUCGGCGUGAUAUAAAUCGAGCACACCUUAAACCCGGUCCCAAGUAGGCAAGCAUUUCCAUUGGCUGCUUCUUCGUUGUUUAGGGCGGGAUGAAAAUUUACUUGUCAUUCCCAUCAGCUGUGUGAGGGAGAUCUGGGUUUAGCGUUUUCUGGGUGCGAACGAUCCUUCUGCAAACAGCAGACAUGGGCCAUCUCCAGUACUUCCUCGUCAUCUUCAGCAUGCUGGGCUGUCACUGUCCUGCAAUCAGCGGGCUGUUUGAGUGGCUGAGGCAGGCAGAAGCACCUCCAGCUGCAGCACCAGUUCCACCAGUAGCGGCAGUUCCAGCACUUCUCGCAAAGGAUGCUCGGUUUGAGAUGACUACUGUGGAUGAGAAGUUCUUGGCUGAGGCAAAGCAGAUGGAGCUUAGUCCUCUAGACAGCUGUCAUUACAGGGUGGUUACCUGGCUAAAGGCGAGCUGUGAAAGCCUCUCAGAGGAGCAGCUUGCGAAGCUCGGAGUGGCCCUGUUCAACUGCCAGGCAGAGAUUGAGGGGCGUCGUACCUACCCAUGUACAGAGGAAAUGACUAUCAAACAAUGUACAGCUGAGAUGGACUCUGACACCUGGAACGCGUACCACAUAGUGAGCAACAGAGCACGCUCAGUUUGCUAUGCGACUCGCCAGCAGCUCUUUCGGCGCAGAGCAGAACACACAGUCAACGCUCUCAUCUCCACAGCUGCCAGCCAGCUGGAUGCCAUGAAGGACCUGAAGGAGGGCCAGCUGGAGCUGAGGGAACUGACUGCAGCCUCCUUGCACAAGCUGCUUGAGGGCCACAGUGCUCUGCAGGCCCAGCAGGGAGAACUGUAUGAAGGCCAGGAACAAUUGGGGAGUUCACUGAAGGACAACCUGGAGCGUCUGGGUCAGGAGAAGGCCCUCAUUGCCUCUGGACAGCAGCUGGUAGCCCAGCUCAUUCAGGGCAUUACAAAGAGAAUGGAGAACAUGAGUGAGCAUCUGCAGAUCCAUGGCUCUGAGGUGCAGGACAGUCAUGAGGCAAUUGUUAAGGACCUUGCUGAUGUCAGACACCAAGCUCAGGACAUCUAUCAGAAAAUUGACCACAGUAUACUGGAGCUUCUGCAGUACCAGGACCAGACCUCGCAGUACUACAGUGACCUGAUGAACAAACUGGAGCGCAUGAACAGCACUCUGGGAGUCAUGCUGCGCUACAUUGAUAACUUGCAGAGCCGCAUAGAGGAAAGGCUUCAGAUGAUCCAGGGCUACCUUGGCUGGGCAGGUUUGAGCCUGACAGCCAUGUGGACAUGUGUUGCACACACAGGCUACUUUGUAGUGUGUGCAGUCCUGCUGACAUUCCUGCGUUGUCCGGGUUUCUCUCGAGCCAUGCUGCUGCUCACUGUCCCUCUUAACGCAGUGGCCGAGGUCAACCAGCAGCCAGCGCUGGAUCUGUCCAGCCUCAGCCUGCUGCUGCUCGCUCUCUCUCUGGGUCACUGGUGUGUGAAUCAGCUUUGGGCGUGCUUCCAGGUCAGAAGACAGCUGGCUGCUCCACUGCCGCUGGCCCCGUGUGACACUGUGGAGCCACAGAAGCAGCAGCCAUUCUGCCACACACAUCCAACAUCCUCUACACCACAGAGAGAUGAAAAGGAUGGCUUCACUGAGCAUGAAGACCUGAUCCAAGACAGCUUCAUAUCAGGUGACCUCGGCAUAUCUGCAGUGUCUCCCUUACACAGGAAGCCAAUCCCACAGUCCAGGUUUACACCCAUAAUUGGUUCACCCAGAAAGGCUCUCCAUGAUGACAUCCCCCUGAGGAACCUAGGAGUUGUUUUUGAUGCAGCGAUCGACUCUGAGGAUUUAGCAAAUGGCUCGCGAAGUGCGAGUCCUACCCCGUCGCUGGCUAGCAACAGUUCUAUGUCAGGCCGUCAGCUGUGCAACGGUAUCACAAAAACAGGGAAGGCCUGUAAGAAGAGAGCCGUGCCAGGACAGGAGUACUGCCGAGUCCAUGAAGGGGGGCACUCCUCUUACAUUUACUCCUGAAAAUGUUGAACCUCUCUUCACUCUAAGUUUUCUUUAGUAGAGGGCUUUCUCUGCAGUUUUUGUCUUUAUAGGAAGCUUUAUACUUUUCAUGAAGACCGGGGCAGCUAAAACUGUUUUUAAAUGUUUUGCUAUUUUUUAUUACCACUUUUUAAAUGUUCAUUUUAAGUUAAUAAAUUGCCUAUCUCUUCAGUUAGCCAUUUAGUAG